AUGAUUUUACUUUUGGUUUUAGUUGAACCCUGAGGUACUGAACUGAGUACAUCUGAGAUGAAAAUAAAAUCUGAAACAUCUGUUUUUGAUAUUAGUAUUCAGUUAAAGUACAGUUUAUACAAUUGUUGUUUAAAUAUUAUCUUUGAUAAACACACUUCAUGGCACGGGUUUUUCUGCUUGUUUCUCUAUUGUGAGUGCAGUGAGAGCCUGUGAACCGUGUGUGUGUGUGUGUGUGUGUGUGUGUGUGUGUUCAUUGUCUUGUGUUACUCCAGCAUUCUCUGCCUGUUUUCCUGCACAUGCUCAGAAACGCUACACAUGUUCACAAAAGUCAACUUGUAUUGAUUUCAGUGUUGCACUAAUGUCUGAUGAUCCAUCAUUUGAGCAGAUUUAAAGGGACAGUUCACCCUAAACUGAAGAUGAUUCACCCUCAUGUCAUUCCAAACCUGUGUCUUUCUGCUUGGUUUCACAUGAGUAUUUUGGUCACCAGUUUUGGUCCCCAUUGAUCUCCAUUGUAUAUUGUGUCCAUAUAAUAGAAGUCAAAGGGCACCAGCAUUCUGCAAAAUAACUUCCUUUGUGUUCAACACAAGAAAGAAAGUAAACGACGACAGAAUUUUCUGUUUUUGGUGAACAAUCCUUUUAACGUGUUUAUAUGAAGGAUGAUUCACGCAAAUGAAGAAGAUUUAAAACAACAGAUUACUUUUCCUCCAUCAGAACGUGCAGAAUUCUGCUGUGGGAUGAUGGAUAGUGAACACGGAACAACUGUUAAUAUGGCCUCGAGUGAAGCUGAUGAGGAGCCUCAGCCUGGAGACCUGAUCGAGAUCUUCAGACCCGCCUAUCAGCACUGGGCUCUUUACCUGGGGAACGGGUACAUCAUCAACCUCACACCUGUCGAUGAGAGUCAAGCCGCAGCUGUGUCCAGUGUGAAGUCUGUGUUCAGCCGGAAGGCCGUGGUCCGCAUGCAGCUCCUGAAGGAGGUCGUGGGAGGAGAUUCAUACCGGAUCAAUAAUAAAUAUGAUGACAGUCACACGCCGCUGGCCGUGUCGGAGAUCAUUGAGCGAGCGCAGCUUCUCAUUGGACAGGAGGUGUCAUAUGACCUGCUGGGAAGCAACUGUGAGCACUUCGUCACUCUCCUGCGCUACGGGGAGGGAGUCUCUGAGCAGGCGUCGCGGGCCAUAGGCGCCAUCAGUUUAGUGACGGCCGCAGCGAGUGCUUUCUCAGUGCUGGGACUGAUCAACACACGCUCCAGAAACAGACCCUUCUAGAGCCACUCGAGACCCAGCUGAGCUUUUCAUUUAGUUAAAUGUCCUCUGUACUCAAGAUUCUUUGGCUGAAAAGAAGUUGUGUGUUAAAAUGAAAUUAACCUUUGCUGUGAUAACUUGACAUGGUAUUCAAAGAAUGGAAAUAAAAACUAGGAUUUUGUCUGUCUAAAAAGAUUUUUCAAUUAUUUUUAUUUAUAGCUUAAAUUAUUAUAAUAAUUAAUAUUUUAAACUUAUAUAAAUAAAUAUAAUAAUUAAAUUUUAAAUUAAAUUUAUGCAUUUAGCAGACA